AUGGCUUCAUUUAGGAAAAUUAGGGCUGUAAAAUAUGAAAUAAUUGAAAAUGAAUCGAUAGAAGCGUCGAGAAUUAAAAGAGAAGGAGUUCCGGAGAAUAGGGACCUGACAGUGCUGCUCGUUAACGACCAAAAUCGAAACGAUUAUAACACGAAAGUUGGACGAUACCAUAGCGUUAAGCCUUUGAUCGGCCUUCUUACUUCAACUGCAAGAACUUUUAUCCAGGAUGGAGUUACUACAGAAUUUGCUACACAAAUUCUUGGAACCACCCUAGACAAUGGACGUAUUUACGCACAACUUUUAACUAAAUCAUCACUUGUACUUUAUAAUAAGCCCUCGAAUGUUGGAGAUGCUUACAUUGUUCAACCAACUCGUGUUCAUUCUGCUUUUGAUGGCCAAUGGAAUGUCAAACAAGACUUGGGUAUUAUUGAUCCAGAUAAAUUUGUGCUUAAAAAUACUGAUUAUUUAGCACCUAGCAGCAAAAUGGAGAUUGUGUAUGCUAGUAAACCAGCACAAGAGAGUUUUAAAUUUUGGAAUCCUCCAACUUCUCCAGAUCAAGUUGAUAAUCAAAUAUUUGAGGUACCCACAGCACGUAAAGUGCAUUCUUAUAAUGAAGAGCCUAAGUUUGAAGUAUAUAAUUAUCUUGAUGGUCCAGAUAUCGAAAGUGAAAAGAAGAUACAGUACGUGCAACCUUCUCUGUUUGAAAAUAUAAAUACAUUGCAUCGUCAAAGUAAAGCAUAUGAACCAAUUACCGAACCAAUUAAAACGCUAAUACAAGAACAAGAAGAUAUUCCCAUAGAAUCUGAUGUUGUUAAAGUUAAGCCUACCUAUGAUUUGCCUACUUUUACUAUAAAGAACGAGUUUUCGCCAAUAUUUUAUUAUAUUGAUAAUGUUGAAUCGCGUUCUUCUAAACAAUCUUUACCACAGACUAAAUUACCUAAAAAGUUGUUCGGGCAAAAAAGUGAACCUCGUCCCAAAAAAACGUUUACUUAUGCAGGUUUUGCUGAUUUUACUACAGUUGUUGGUGACACUGUUAUUGUUUUCACUCCUAAUACUGAAACUAUUAAGCAUCCUAAUCCAGAUGAAGUAAAUGUCUUUCCCUCAGCUAAGCCAGUAGAUAAAUUAGCUACUAAAAUUACAUUCUUGUCAGCUGAUAUUCCUGUAGCCACUUCUACUUUCAAAGCUCAUGAAGCUAAUACAGUCACAAAAGUAGUAACACCUAGCAGUAAUGAUCAUAGCUCCGAAAAAGUUUUCUUUAAUGACGAGAAAGAUCUAAAAAAGGUUAUGUAUGAAAUUGAUGAUAAAGUUCCUGAUACAGUGAGUGUACAAUAUAAUAAUGGCUUUGAUCUUAAUAUCGACGUAAUACAACCUUCAGAACCAGCUUUUACAACAACCGAACGCACAAGAAACACAGAAGAUUUAGAAGUUAUUCCCGAAAAUAAUUUUAAUUCUCUAGCAACUGAUCCUUUAACUUUACUGAUGCCAUCUGCGACUAUUGUCGAAGAACCAAAAGAAUCUGCGGUUACUGAAAUUGGAAGUACUGAAAUAUUUACUAAUUCUGCGGAAGAAACAGAAAAUACAGCUGCUGAAGUUACAGAAAAAAUAGAAGAAGAUGAAGAAGAAGAAGAUCAAGAGGAAGACGAUAGCACUCAGGAAAUAGUUUCUGAAUUAUUAACUACUACAGAAAGUGGUCACAGCGAUGAAUCUUAUGAAAUUGAGACAACAACAGAGAAUAAAUACGACAAACAUGAAGAAAUCUUUUGUACUGAUGGACUUGAAACACAGUCAACUAUGACAACAGCCUAUAAAACUUUAACAUAUUUAACGACAUAUUUUAUUCCAUUAGAAAGUACUGAAACUACUACUUCUAUUAAGUCAGACGUUGUAGUUGAGAGUAAUGUGGGGUAUUUAACAAAUUAUAUUUGUAAAACAAGUCAAAAUAUUGAACCAACAUCUGUUAUAGAAGUCCAAGGUACUGUAAUAAGUAACAUUGAAAAACCAGAAAUAGUUGAUACAGGUGAUACAAAUACUCCACGUACACCAGAAAUUAACACUGAGAGUCCAAAAAGAACUACACCUAUGGAAAAAGAAAUUCAAUCUACUGUUACAGAUGAUGAGUUAAUAAAACCACCUGAGGAUGAUAAAAAUACAGAUUCACAAGAAGUGAGUAAUGAAAGUGAUACGAAAUCAACCACUACUACUGAGCGAAUUUCAACAAGUCAAAGUCACGUAGAAGUUUCUGUAAGUACAGAACAUACACCGACAGAAAAUCUUAAUUUAAUAAAUGACGAUGACUCUGAAAAUGAAAUAGAUCUUAUUUAUAAAACUCUUUACACAACUUACACAUACUUUACUACAUUCUUUGGUGACCACACUUCUAGUAUUGAAAGUCAUAAAUCAGUAGUAACUAAUAUUAUUACUUCAACAUUGGAUUUGUCGAAAAUUGAUCCUUCAUUACUUGGCGCAUUUGAAGAUGAAAUUUCACCCACUAGUGUAAACAAUAUUCAACCAACUGAAUCACGUGCCAUUAAUAGUAUCAUUGAUCUAGUUAAAAAUAAGGAUGUCAUUGAAUCUGUUGAAAUUAAUAAAUCAUAUAGUUCUCAAACUCCAACUCCGUCACUAGAUGAUGAUUUAGUAGCUAGCAUUAAGCCAGAUUCUGUUAAAACUUAUUACACAACUUAUACAUUCUUUACAACUAUUUAUGUGGGUUCUGAUGCCAAUGUUUGCAGCAGAAGUGAAGUAUACACCAAUUAUGUUGGUCCUGAUGAGUUAAAGCCUACAAAAACUAACUCAUUACCUGCGGAAAACACAAGAGCUCAAUUUGACUUUAGAAAUUGUAUGCAAGUCAAAGGAAUGACACAGGAGGGCACAAAAGAAAAUUCGUCUUUUGAAAGUAGUGUCACUAUGGAAGAAAAAUCAUUAGAGGUAAAUCAUAAAAGCAAUGAAAGUGUGCCACAACCAUCACCUAUAGAAGUUGAUAUGUUGUUUAGUGUUGAGUCAAAUCCACUUAUAUCGGAAAACUCAUAUAUAACAGAUGUUAAAUCUUCAUCCUCUAAAGGAGAAACAAAAUUUUUAGAUAACAAUAAUGUACUAGAUGAUCAAAUAAGCUCUGAAAGUAACAUAGAUGAGAUUCUCCCAUCACCUACACUCUUGUUACAGACAAGUUAUACUACAUUUACUUACUUUACUACUAUGUAUAUAGGAAAAGAUUCAAGUAAGGUAAAAAGUCAUUUGGAAACAAUAACAAAUGUUGUUACGGAAACUAUUAGACCAAAAACCGAACCUGAAGAAGAAAAUAAUCUUCCAAUUACUUAUUAUACUACAUUUACAUAUUGGACAACGCUUUAUAAAGAUAAAUCAACAACAAUAACAAGUCGUGAGGAGAUAGUUUCUAAUGUUGUCACACCUUCAGUUCAAUCAAUACCUACAGUAAGUCCUAUAGAUACCACACCUAUAGAUAUUGUUAGUGUUUUGCCACCAAAAGACUUAGAAGUAGCACUUAAACCUUCUUUAGUAGACGAUAGCCUAGAACAAGAUGACGGAAAAGCUACAUUUUAUACAACCUACACUUACUUCACGACAUUUUAUGCUGGUAAUACGUCACAAAUAAGAAGUAGUUUGGAAACUGUUACCAAUAUCGUCGACAAUACAAAGAUAGUUGAAGACAACCAAUUAGGUAGAAAAGUUCCAAGUGGGGCAGUAGAUAAAAACUUGAUUCAAGAUGAAAAACCUCAUAUUAUGCCAACUAAAAUAAAAGAAGAAAUUCAAGCAACGAAGUUACCUGAACUAUCAAGUACAUCACAAACAAUAUUACAAGGAACAUAUAUUGACAACUUAUUUGCAGAAGUCAAGCCACUUGAAGUUAAUACACUAAAACCAGAUUUGGAGAAAAAGAUUUUAUUCUCUCAAGUUGCAGUUAUAUCUGGUGAUUCAACUAUCAUCACAAGUGAUAAUAAAACGUUGGUUGAGGAGUCUUUGCCUACAACUACAACGUCUUCUUCUACGACUACGGAAGGUACUAUUAUUAGUCCUACUCCUGAAGUAAUAGAAAGCUCUCUUGCUGACUCGGAAACAACAACAGAAUUACAAUAUGAAAUAGAAGAUGAAGAAGAUGAUCCUAGCGCUAAAAAGAAAAGUCGACUUACAUUUACAACUAAGAAACCUUCGUUUACACCAGUAAUAAUACCUUUUGCGUCGAGAAAUAGGCCCACAUUUAGCCCAAAACGUUUGGGUAUUCCUAAUAGCGCUACUACAAUUACUCGUGCCGAUUCUACCCCAACCAUUACGGCAACACCAACAUUAAAAUCUGUAAGACCUUCAGGUGCUUACAGCGGUAGUCGUAAACAAGGAGUUGUAACUGGAUCAGCAAGUGCUGGAAAAAGAUUCUCUGGUCGUAGCAGUGCAACUAUAAAUUUAUCAGCUAAUAUUCCUGCUUCACGUCCAGGAGGAUUUGCUAGAGGAGGAAGUAUUGCACCUACUUCAAGGAGAACUGGUUUCAGAUCUAGUUCCCUUAGAAGUAAUAGUUUGGAUUACGCUAGUCGAUCUGCAAUUCCCAGAAUACGCCCGACAGCUACGUCAAGACUACGAGGAAACAGGCAAUCAACUCUUAUAAAUUAUCCUGCAAUUGAUCAGAAUGAGUCUGAAACUUUUGCUACACAACAAGAAGAAAGUGCAACUGAAUCUCUUGAUGAAUUUACUGAAACAUCUCUAAGACAAACGACUAAUAAUCCUUUACUAAGAUUUAGAAGGCCGCCAGUGGCUAGACAACCUGGUACAGCCAUAAUACCAAGAUCUACUACACCUUCAUCAAGACGAAGUUUAACUACACGUGGAAGAACUACUACUACCACAAAACGUUCAACUACUCGGUCGACUUCGAAUCCUUUACUCGCAUUACGUAGGCAAAGACCCGCUAAUUCUCUUUUCCCUAGAAGAAACUUAUUUAAGCAACCAGAACCUGAACCAGAAGAAGAAAUAAGAGAAAAUGAGCAAAAAUAUAAUGAAGAUGAAGAAUUAUUAGAAGAGGAAGAAUUUGAGGAAGAUAAUGAUUAUGAAUCAUCUGAUAGAAAAGAACAGCAAGUGGCUUCUCCGGUUGCCUCGUCAAAUAGAAAGAACCAAAAUCCAGUUCAGAUAAGACCAUUUCCAUUUAAAAGACGAGUUAAACGUCAAGUGGACUAUGGAAAUAGAAAAUAUACGAAUUUUAGAAGACCGGGAAUUAAGCCAGCGAGCACGAGACGUCCUGAACCCGAGCCUGAAACUGAACCUCCUGCACCUGCCACACAAAAAAAUCAACCAAAAUCUGGACGCUUUAGUUCACGUGCUGGAAAUACUAGAACUACGACUAUCUCUGCUCCAAAAGUUUCGUCAAGGCAACCUUUCAUUGUAAGGGGAGAUAGUAGUAGGACGACAACUACAUCUGCACCAGCUUACAGACGAGGUAAAACAAGAACUAAUUCAAGAACUACAACAUUAUCGUCAAGACCUAAAGCACCCCGUUUAUCUGGUAGUAAAACCACUCAGUCAUCUAGGUCUAGCCCUCGAACGACUAGCAGAUCUAGAUCGAGAACCACAACUAGCAAAGCAUCUAGCAGACAAAGACACUCAUUUGAAAAUUUAAGUGGUGAAAGAUAUAACAAAUAUGAUAACAUUUUACAUGACGGUAAAAUAACUAUAACACAUCAAAUACCAUUCGAAGUUACGAUACCAGUAGUAAAUGGAAAGAUUACAGAAUAUAAAAGUCUUUUAACAGCAAAACCUAGCGUAGAAACAUUACUUUUGAAUCAAGUAUCCACAUCAAUAAAUCCUAUUGGUGGCCACCAAUUAGUACUUGCUAGUGAAUCAACAGAGUUGGCAGAGAACGGUGCGACGAAAAUAACUAAAUAUGUUUUGCAUGAAACUCCUACAACUACUGUAAUAUUUACUCCAACGACAUUAAGGGGUCGUAAAACAUCUUUUUCACACGUAUUACCGAGUACUGUUUAUAAUGUGGAGCCUGUAGUGCAAACUGUUGCACCGGAGAUAAAUUCAAAUGUACCCUUAGCUAACUUACUUUUAUCUCAACUUUUGUUAGGAAACCAGCAACCUGCAAUAAACCCAUUACUUGCGUUACAAGGACAAGCUUUAUUACCACAGCAACCAGUAGUACAAACACCGGUUACUGAGUUCAAAGUUAGAACUACAACAUAUGUUACAACCGUCACAGAUGCAAGAGAAACAGUUCUACCUAUUACUUUUAGAGGUAUUCCAAUAUUAACAACUAUAGUCGAUCCGACCACAAAUGUAAUAACAGCUACAGAAUUUAUAACUGACACAGUUGUUACUACACCAACAGUUUUAGCUCCUCCUCCUCCUCAGUACAACUCUUUAUUAUUACCUUUACUCCUGCAGCAACAACAGCAACAGCAGCAAGCGCUAUCAUUGCAGACAGCUAAUCCUUUACUUGGAUUAGGCCACCCUGACCUUAAUUUAUUGCAAAACAAUUUAGUACCCAAUAACAAUUUAAACAAUGACAUUUUUAGUAAUAGUCCAAAACCAAACAUAUUAUCAGAUCUGAGCAGUAAUGAAGAUUUUGAAGAAGAAAUACAAGAUAGUGGCGAGGAUAUACCACCACCCACACCGCCUCCAGCCCGUAAGAGAAGCAAGCAACGUGCUCAAAAGCCCUCUCCACCUAAAUUAACAAGCGUAGUAACACUAUACGUUUCCGGUAAACACCCUGGUGAAUUUAGUACCGUAUUAUCAACUGUAGUGGCUGAUGACACUCAAACUAUUAGAAAGCGAGAAGCUAUGUAUUAUGAUGAUGUAAAAAUAUUGCCAUCGAUUUUGCCAUCUAUAGACCAGCUUAUUAGUUCACAAGGAGACAGUACGCUAGAAAACUCUAUUAAUUCUGAUAUGGAUACAUAUUUAGCAAAUUUUUCGAUUGAGUCACAAAAAGCAACGCAAAGCUUAGAAAGUAUAGUAGGAAAAGUAAGUGAUCAUUUUAAAUAUACUGCUUCACCAACUUACGUUGUCAAAAUAGAAUCCCCAACUACCCUUAGAUAUAAUUCAAAACAAACGUUUAAUACUAAUGCUAUAGUAUAUGAUAAUUCACCUUGGAGACCUGGAAGGGACAUUGAUAUAGAACAUCGAAUGGAUGAUGAGAGAAGAUUAAAAAAUCUAGCCACUCGUAUUAUGUCCAAUGGUGUGGAAGUUUUAGUAAGAGAUAAAAGUUCUGAUGGAAAGCAAGAACAGCGAAAACUUAAAGUUAUGCACUUACCUGCAUCGAAAACAUCCAAUCGUAUAAGUUCUACGCCGACGAAUAAGUCAUUAUUAUCAUCAGCUGUUACUACAGUUGUAAAUCGUCAACAUAUGAGCGCUUUGUUUCCAUUACGUCAAGUAAUGCAGCACAAUUAUAUUAUCAAGACAUGUAUGACUACAUACACUUACCUAACCACAGUAGUUCAAAACAAAAGAAGCGCUGUGUCAACAUUUGAAACUAUAGUUUCAGUGGUCACUACAGAAUCACUUACAAAUCUUUAUGCCACUGAUGUUUUAGCUGAUUUAAAACCAACGAAAACAAAAUAUAUGGAAGUAAAAACUAUUCAACCAUCUGCUGCUACGAAUGUAUUUUUAAAUAAUAUUCCAAAAUUGGACAAAAGAAUCAACAGUGAAGAAGAAAAUAAUUUUGAUAUCAUACAACCAUCAGAAAUAAAUCAUGUUCCUUGCACUACUUCUUGUUCAUGUAGCCAUACGCAAACAGAAAUGCUGAAGACUAAGCACACAAGUAACAAACAAUCAUCUAUUCAAACAUCUGAAAAUCAUGCCUUAAAGACUAGUAAAUAUUCUGGGAUAAAUGUAAACGUAAAGGCAACUCACAAAAACACUAUUGAACAGACACUAUAUCGUCCCUAUGAAUACGAAACUAGCUCUCAUGUAGCACCUACAGAUAAAAUUGUGGAAAUAUAUACACAAGUUAAUGAUUAUUCCGAUGAAAAAGAAACGAGCUCUAUAGAAAAUAGUGAUUUAUUGACAAAUGAACAAGCACCGUUUCCUCUGAAAACUAACAAGAUGUCAACAAAUAAAACUUCUGAAAAGAUAAAGCCAGAAAAACCCCAAAAAAUAAAUAAAAAUAAAUUCGUUGUGGCGGAACUAAUAAAAUUAGGAUCAUUGGGUAUCAAAGGACUAUCUCAACUAGCACCAGUUAUUGAAAAAAUGACAGGUGGAUUUAUGAAACGUCAAGAAACAAAUAAAACUACAGUCAUAACAACCACUCUUAAGCCUCCCCAUAAAGUGACGUCCUAUAAUGCAAAUAAAAGAGUUGAUAAUGAUAUUGAGUCGAAAGUGGCAAAUUUUCCAAUUUACAUACCUGUUGAUGAAAUGGAAGCUUCUGAAUCCCAAAUUGGUCUUACAAACGUAACUUUACAUCAAAAUUUUGCCUGGGCAGCAGAGCAUAAAAAUCCUAUAUUUUCGCAUCUUGUUAGGCCAAAAGUAGUUCAUGAGAGUCCACUUGUAAAUGGUGGUAUACCCAUAAGUCCAGGUGAAAUUAUAACCGCUAACUCAGAUGUGAUAGUUGGGAAACCUGCAGUAGGAGGACCAUUGACAUUAGGUGCUAGUGGUAUAAAAUUACAAAACAAUGUACAUCCGCCACUAAUAGAUAAUGUAGUUGCAAAUAAUGAACUAUAUAUAACAAAAGAAAAACCUUUGAACGAUAAGCCAGUAGAUGACUCAUUUGAUUUAAGACCACCCGAAUUGCCUAAAGUAAAAUCUAAAUUAAACAAACAUUUGCUCCGGCCACAAGUAAAUAAUAUUGAAAAGAAUAAUUUGCAAUCUGGGUCCUCUCGCUUGCCAUCAAAUCCAUAUAUGAAUGAACACAUCAAGCAAUCUGGGUUUAUACAAAAUAACUCACCUAUCGUAGUUAAUCAUGGCCGACCAGCAUUCUUAGAUUAUAUUCCAUCUUUAGUUAAACCUUCUCAAGGUGGUUUUAAGGAACACCAGACAGUACAUAGGCCAACAUAUGAAGAGAAUAGAGAUCAAGAUAUUCCCGACAAUAACCCUAGUUCAUCGGAAGUUGUUAGUACAAAAAUUACUACAAAUGGAGAAUACGUUAAUUUCGAUAAUUCCGAUUCCAUUAAUAAGCCAUUUUUAGUAGAUAUACAGCCAUCAAGAGUAGCUAAUGUAUUGAUUCCACAUGGUAGUUCUACCGCUUUAGUUUUUGCUGGAUCUUCCGAACCACAUAAAACUGGGGACUAUGUUGAUGAUCCUUUGCCAUAUCCAGAACCUGGUUAUUUUGGAAGCUUCAGCAUAGAUGCACCUCAGAUGACAAAUGUGCAUAAUGUUUAUCCAAAUAAAAAUCAGUUUUUCGUGGACUCAAGUGUCGCACCCACCAGUUUUGAAAAUAAUAAAGAAUCCAUUAGUAAUAGUGAUCCUAAGUUAAAGUGGAAUGAAAACAAGCGCCCAAAAGAUUUAACUAAAAUACCUCCUCCUACGAGUAAUCAAGAGACACAUGUUCGAGUAGGACCACAAAUUACCACCUACAAUCCAGAAAUUUAUAAAGAUUUUGAAAAGCAUAUUUGGAAUAAAAAAGUCAAUAACAAGCCUAAGGAAGGGAAAGAGGUCAUUGAUAAAGAAUAUGAAAACUAUUUAGCCGUUCCACCACCACCACCUAAAUUACACUUUAAUCAAGAUAAUCGCUAUGAUAAAAAUAAAUAUCACCAACGGCCUGUCGUUCAUACGAAACCUACUUUAGAAAGUAAUGUAUUUUUGAACAUUCAGCACCCCGUAUCCAGUCAACUACCUCCAAAAGUAACCUCAGAAGUUUAUUUUGCAUCACAGUUGCCAAAUAAUCACCCAACACCGACAUAUACAAUUAAGAUGCCACCACCGAUUGUUGAAAGUCCACAUAUGCCAAUAAAAUCUAACAACCAAUACCACAAAAGCAGUAAUCCAAUUACCUCUUUUAAAACAGAAAAUAAACCUAUCUUACCUACAAAUAGUCGAAAUAAUACUUACACAAUUACUUUAAAUACUGCAACAAAUAUUGCGAGUGAUAGUGCUUCAGGACAUAUCAUUGGUUCAAGCGUAUCGGUACCUAUAACAACUACAUCUCUUAAUGGACAAGUGAAUGCAAAUAUUCCAAUAGGUACAAACUUUGCAAUUCGUGUAGAAGAUGACCCUGCAAAAUACGAAAGUGUGGCAUUGCAUGGAAAGAGACAUCCAUCACUUACAUAUGAUGAUCAUAGUCAUGUAUCAAUGGAGCAUUUUGAAAGCUAUAUUAAAAAUUCAAGUCAUAUUUCUAAUACGACUAAUUCUUUGAAAUUAGAAAAAGGACAAGAAAAUGUCAAUAAAAACAAUAUCAUAAAUAGAGUAAUCCAAAAAAAUGAUACUUACUUUGUGCCGCCAACCUUAAAUAGCCAUGCUAAUUUCCCUAUGAUGAAUGAAAAUUUUAAUAUACAAGUCAAUUCAAGGCCGAGUCAUAUAACUUCGAAUUCAAAGGAAGAUAAGAUAGCAUCACAAUUCGUUCCAAAUGUUUCAACCAACUCUCAUGGUUGGUAUGCUAGUGUUCUUAACGAAGAAAAUUUGAAAAAUAUUAAAGUUGAAGCCACGACACGAAAAUUAAUACCACUAAAUUAUAAUAACAAUGGCGACUAUUUACCUGAAUUUGGCGAAAAAAUUGCAACUGUGGGUAAACCUCCAACGGAAUUUUGGGAUCAAAAAAAUAAGCAAACUUUAAACAAUUUUAGUAUCGGUAAACCUUUCUCAAAACCAAAUGAACGUCAAAAAUUACACGUAACACACUUUAAUAUUAAACCUAAUUAUAUUCCAUCAAGUUUGGAUGGUAAACAACAAGCUUAUGAUAUUCCAUUACAAGACAAUAGUUAUGAAACUACUUCGCUUAAAUCUAUUAAUUCUAAGCCGACAAUCUAUGAGACUCCUGAUGAAAUUUAUGAUGGUCAAGAUGAAUCUGACACUAAUAGCGAACUUGAAAGUGAAGUAAGUUCAGAGUCUAUGAAAGUACCAAUUGUUGCCUCGUCUAUUGAACGAGAGAACUCGACCAAAGGUUUCUCUACCAUUAAAUUUUCGCAAAAUAUAAAAUCUAACAAUAAUAAUAAUCACGAUGUAUUAUUGGUCAACUUUAAUCCUGGUACUCAGACAGAAAAGCCAUUUAUUUCUCAAAAUAAAACUUCUUUCCAUUCUAAUAAUAUAAAACCAAUUUAUAACCAAAAUGCCAACGUAAAACCAAGGCCUUUUACUAUGAAUUCAGCAAUACCACUCGACCACCAAUUACAACAACCCCAUUGGCAGAUAAAUCAACUAAUGGAAAAUGCUACAAAUAUAUCGUAUGAAGAUAAUAUGGAAUUGAAUACAGGCGAAGAAUUAUAUACUUCAUCAGUAAGUCCUCCCAUUUCUUCAAGUAAAUCGACAGAAUUAAAAGAAUCAGCCAAUAAAGAUAAUAAAAAACCAAAACCUUUUAAUUCCAUUUUAAGUAAUAAUACCAAAGUCGUAAAUGAGUCUAACAUUAUUACAUCAACAGUUCAUAUUCAGGAUAAAAAGCCUUUGAUUGUAGAGGCAAAUGAGAAAUCAACUAUACCAACUUUUACAAUCAAAGAUGGGGCGGAAUUGAAUAGUUCAUCUAGUGAAAUAUUAGAUUUAUCACCACCCCCUUUAAUUACAAAUCAUAAUUUUACAUUUAAACUGUCAGCAAUGCAAGAGAUAAUGGGAAUGAGUCCACCGCCUCAAUUAACAUCACCACCAAGGCAUGUUUCAAGGACACCAUCGACUCCGAGACCUAUUUUACAAAUAAGAACUUCACCGCCUUAUAGAACAUUUCCACCAAGGACUCUGCCACCAAAACAAACAACGCAGCGACCACUGCGGAAGCCAAUUAGCAGAGAUGAGAUUUCAACAUAUAGACCGGCCUUUGAUUUUGUAAAUAAGGUGAAAAGACCAAUAUAUUAUGAUCAACCAUCUUCGCAUUUAUUACCACCUCCAAGAGAUGUACCUUCCAAGAUUGCAUUAAUGGAAGAUAUUCAUAAGCUAACUUCGUCAGUUCUGGCAACUACAAAUGUUAUUUUUCCUACUCCGAUUUCUACAAGUUGGAUAACCUCUUCUAAUAUUGAAUUUCCUACGAGUUUGGACUUUACACCAACAUCAGUUUACUUUUCAGAUACAAUGUUACCACCGAAUAGUUCAAAGGAAUCUGACAUUACAUCUUUAGAAAAUUCAUCUGAAAAUGUAUAUAACUCAAAUGAAUAUGAGAUAUCGAGCGAGGAAAUAAAUGUUAGCUAUGAAAAACCCGUAACACAAAAAACAUCAACAGUUCUGAAACAAUUUAACAAAACUAGACCGAUAGAUAAAGAUGUUAAUAUGUCUCCAGAUGAAACUGAUUUGAGACAAAGUGAGUCUACAUCUUCAGAAUCAAGCCAUGAAAAUAAUAAUUCAGAUAAAAUGAAAGUGAUACCGAUUGGGAAUAAAAACCGUACCCGUAAACCAUAUCCAGUACGCAGUGACGAGAAAAAUACCGUUACAAACAGAUUUAAGGCUCCUUCUAAAAUUAUACCUAUCAUAAAACCAACACGAACACUGUCUCGUCCAGAAUUAUCGUAUCCGACCAGAAUGACUUCAGUGAAAAAGAUUGUUCGGCCAAUACCUUCUAGACCACUAAUCUUUAACCCUACAAGCAUAAUUGAAAGCUCUGAGUCGUCAUUAGAAGAAGAUUAUAUAAGACCAACGGAAGUUCUUAAUAAAGAUGAAGUAUCUACACCUGCACCACAAUUACCGUCUAUCAUUGAAAAGACUGUAACUUCUACUUUAACUAUUAGUAAAAAUGUAUUAGAUUCGUCCAAUAUUCUUAAAACUCAUCAUGCCGGUAAUGAAAUCAAAAUUUCGGACGAGAUUAUACCGACUAAGACAGAAUUCAAAACAACAAUUAUUACGCUCACUAAAACUCUAUCUGAACCACCUCAAAUCAUAUCAAGCAUUGGUUAUGUAAACUUAACUCAUACAUUGACUGUAACUCACACAGAAACGAGUUUAGUCAGUCAGUCUGAAGGAGCUAUCACUGAAACCCUAGUUCUUACAAAUAUACAAACAUCUACAGUGGUUGAUGUAGUUACAGAAGUAUAUACCCAAGUACAACCGACUACAAUAGUGGAAACUGUCACAAAGCAUAUACCAAUCCCUCAAGUAGAAGCAACUCCAGUACUACUAAGCUCAACCCCAUCUACAAAAGUCGCCCUCGAUGACAUUACUAUGUCUUCCGAAGAAAAUGAUAACUUUAUAAUAAAAGAUGAAGAUAAUAACGCGACCGAAAAUAUUCAAAAAAUUGAUACUGAUAAGGAAAAAGACAACGAUACAUUCUUUGUAGUAAUGAAUAAGUCACAAAAUGGUGGCAAGUCUCCACCAAUAAGCACAGACAUAGAGACAGGCGAUUACGAUGGCAUCACACGAAAUGAACAAGUGAAUAACAAUGGCGUGUCUCAAGUUCUAUUUGGGGAAAUAUUAUUAGCUGGAACUCCAUAUUUGGAAACAGCUAAUGUUGGACAUCCUAUCGGUGCAGGAUACGGAAAAGAAUGUCAACCAGAUUGUAAAGCUUCGAGAAAUGAAAGAUGUCAAAGGAUUGAUGGUGUAAUGAAAUGUGUUUGCAGACCUGGUUUUGCUAGAAUGUUCCCAGAUAGACCUUGCAAACCUACUUAUACUUAUUCAGUCAGAUUGGCACUCGGAUCUCAAGGUAAUGAGCGUCUGAAGUUCCAUUCGAGCUUAUCUGAUAAUUCUAGCAAGGAAUACCACAGUUUGGCUGUUGCUACUCAUGAAGGAAUUAAUAGAAUGGUAAUGCAGUCAGACUUACGUGAUGUAUACCAUGGAGUUCAUAUUACUGGAUUCUACCCUAUUGAAAUAAGGCUACCUCGAGGCGAUUCAUACCAGGGAGUCAUUAAUGACUUCUAUGUACAGCUCUCAGAUAACGCUCACGAGAAUAGACUUAAAGAAGUUAUUGAAAAAUAUUUGCGUAACAACAAUUACAGUCUGGGCGGAACAGAAGUACAUGCAGCUGAAGAAUUCGUGGAUAGACUAAAUGUUACAGAUUUCGACGAGUGUACCAGCACGCAAUUCCAUGAUUGUUCAGAGCACGCACGUUGUUUCAACCUCCGCGGCACUUACACCUGCAGCUGUCUGGAAGGCUUUGCAGACCUUAGCGUGAAUACUCUAUACCCUGGCAGGAUAUGUUCUUCUGAUGCCGUAGGAUGUUCUGGUUGUAAUUACCACGGUACUUGUUUCGAAAGAGAAAGUGCUAUGAUUUGUGAAUGUUUCAAGUGGUACGCGGGACGAACGUGCCAGGUCAAUCUUAAAGCGGUUCUAAUAACAGUGACAGUAGUCGGAGCAGUGAUAAUAUUGGCGGUGACGAUUUGGGCUUCGAAGAGAUGCUGUAGUCCGCGUAGUCCGGCGACACAGACCUUUGUAAUAGGAUGUAUGCAAGGCAUGCCUAGUUUACAUCAGGGUAACAUGCCUUCAAAACAGAGAGCUGAUAGACGAGCACUUAUAGCUGAAAGAAUGGAAACGGGUGAAACGUGUAGUGUCCAAAACACAUCUCUACCCUAUAUACCAGCUAAGUCCCGUUCACGCUCGUCCUGCAGUAAGAAGAUUACAGUGAUAUCAGACCCUCCGUCUCACGCGCCGCCGCCGCCGCCUGCGCCCGCGCUCAUGAUCCCACGCGCGAGACUACAUCCUCAACAUUCUGAUAGUCGAGACAACUUAUCAAGAAAGAAAAGUACAGAAGUGUGCAAUGAAGCAAAACUCAUCAGCUAUUUAGAAUCAGGAGUCACAAAUUCUGCAGAAGAAAUGCGAAGAAAACAUAGUAUGGAAUCUUCAUAUAGCAUUAACAAAGAGCGCUCUAGUAAACAAGGUGCUCUAGUCUCAGCGGGCUUUAAAGUGUCGACAACGGUCCGUCCCGAAGACUCCGUAAAAGAAGAUAGAGACGAUGCGUCAUCUGUUAAUAAGACUGAUUUGGAAGAUAUAUCACGUUUUGAUACAUUGAGGAAAACGUAUAGUCAAGAGGAUAUGUCGGAGUGGACUGAUGCAGAGCGGCGUAUCGGUGAACUCACUCUAUCAGAAGCAAGGUCUGUAGGCGGGACUUUACCAGCCAGUACUGGGAGAGCUGCUUCGUCAACAAGACUUACACAUCAGACGAGCGAUGUUUCCGAGUUCGAUUCCUUG